AUGAAGAAACCAACGAAACCCAUAUCAAGCCCUGGAAGAACAGAGAAGUUCCCUCCGCCAUUGAUGAGGUUCUUAAGAAGCAACGUGGGAAGCAAGAGCAGUAACAGAGGAAGAAGAUCACGUGCGAGCCCGAUGUUCAGAUGGAAGAAAAACACAGUUAUCGAGACCACACAAGAACCAUCUUCCCCUAAAGUCACGUGCAUCGGCCAAGUCCGUGUCAGACGCUCCAAGAAAAACAAGAAAACCACCAUCGCCACCACCCCCACCACCACCUCCCUCCGCCGCCACCACCCAAGUAACCGCCUUUGCCGUUUCCUAAGAAAACUCAGACCAAAAUCGUGUAGAAGCCUUUGGAGCAAAUGGGUCUCGUGUUUCCGAUGUGGGUAUUGCAAAACGUCCAGGGAUUUACAUGAUUCACCGGUGAUUGAUGCUUCUCCGACAUCUGCUCCCCGAAACGUCUCCGGCGACAAUGGCGAUGACGACGAAGAAGAAAAAGAAGUUGAAGAUUUGACUGUAGAAGCUGAAAAUCAGGGAUUGAUUUCACGAUCACCACCCCGAAAUGCAUUUCUGUUGACAAGAUGCAGAUCUGCUCCCUACAGAUCUUCUUCAUUAGCAGGUAAGUUAUGGGAAUCAACAGGCGGAGAAACAGGGGAGGAAGAAGUUAAAGAAAAAAUUAAAAAUUUGAGGAUCGAAGAAGAAGAAGAAGAAGUUAUUGGGAAUGAAAAUGGAGAAAUGAAUGAAGAAAGUACAUGUAAUAAAAGCAAUGAGGUUGAAGAAUUGAAAGCAAUCAAAGCUGCGCCAUUGAUUCUGAGCAGGUGUAAAUCAGAACCAGCAAGAACAUGGGAUCGGAUUCUUGUAUGA